AUGAGUCAACAACAAAAACAAAACGAAGAAGUUACUCCCCAAGAAAAGAAAUUCAAUCCUUUAAGAAACCCUGGCCCAGCUGGUCCCUAUCGUCAUCAUGGACCCCAAGGAAGAACACCAUAUAUGCAACUCCACAAAAAUCAAAAUAAUAAUAUGGUACAUAAAAUAAGUAAUUAUUUAGGAAUUGAAAAUAAGGAAUUAGUUGAAUUUGGUUUAAAUUUAUUCACAUAUAUUAUAGCUAUAUUCAUUGCCUUACAAAUAUAUGAUUACGUAACACAUAGAAAAUGUGGAUAUUACAAAGACAUGUUGGCUAAAAUUGUUAGAUUCCAAGCCAGUUUACAAAACACAAAAUAA